CACACACACACAAACCAGACACAGACACACGCACACACUCGUGCGCAGCAGUGAGUUCAACACCGCAGUAUUUGUUACUUGACUCCGUUUCAGACUUUACGCGCCGAGAGGACGCAUUUAAAGUUGUAUGAAAGGUUUGUACCAUUUAGAGCAGGUUUGUAGAAAAUGUAAUCGUAGCGAGAGCACCGUUAGUUGCAUUUUCUCCACUCGUUUCUGGCACGCGCUGUAGAGCGCGAUGGGAAAAGCUGUCCGAGGCUCGGUGUUGACUCGCUGUGUCGUCUGAGCGCGUUAUGAACGGGGUGCAGGCGGAAGACGCGGAGAGCGGCGGCGCGCAGGAUCGCUACGGCAGCGUGGCGUACGACACGGCGCUCAGCACGCUGCUGGCCGUGGCUGUGUACGUGGUGGUGAAAGGGAGCGUGGACGGGCUGCGGCAGUGGCGGGCGCGCAUCUCGCUGCUGGUGGUGGGCUCCGGGCCGGUGGGACUAACGGCAGCGCUGGUCGCUGUCCGCAGCGGUAAGGUCCUGAAGCUCACCGUGCUGGACGAGCGCACACGCAGCGCACUGCUCUGCCGGCCGCAGCAGAUUGCCCUGGACCCCCGCAGUGUGCGCUUUCUGCUCAGUCUCGGAGUGGACUUCGAUAACAUGGAAGGCUGCUGGCACAACGAGCACUUCUUUACGCGGAUCGGUGUGUUUCAAGAGUACCUGCUCAGCGUGCUGGAGCAAAAGAAGCAGAAAGUCGACGUGAGAGUCUACUUGGGCACUAAGUUCACAGAUGAAUAUCUGAGGAGGAUCCCCAGUGGUGAACGGCCGCGGGUCAUUGUAGUGGCAGAUGGCUCUUGUGGUGACUCCUGCUCUGUACUGGGAAUCAGUUCGGAGUACAUCGUAGAGUCUUGUCAUGCAUACGGAGCUAAUGCCACAAUAGAGAGACUGGACCAAAGACAGGUCCCCACACCGGAGAUCAGGGCUCACAGCCUUUACUUUGACCUGUCAGCAUACGGCAUUGACGCUGCUAAAGAACCUCGCAACUCCUCACAAACCUCAGCCAAGCCUGGAUUUCACCUGAAGAUCUAUGGGACAUUUCGAAACCGAUACAUGGCCCUGGCCUGCACGUCUGCAGAAUCAAAAAUGCUGCGUUUCCUGCGUCACACGGCCAACUCCUCAAUAAUGAAGAACAUCUUUCACCAAUCCUUUAAUGCUUAUAAGACAGAUAUCGAGCCCCGUGUGAGCGAGCUGACUCUGCACCGCAUGCAGUGCAGCCGCAGGCUCUUCGAGAUCAUGCUGUCUCACCGACGCAUCAGUGCAGCCUACAUCGAGGGCGACAAUGUGGCCGUCACUGUGGAAGGGGAGGCAGCCCGCAUGCUGAACUUUGAUACCGGUUGUGGUGUGAACCUCGGCAUGAGAGGCUUGGAGUCUUUGGGACUGUUUAUUUACAGAACUGCCACUGCUCAGGAUCAGAAUGAUGUGUUCGAAGCCCUUUCAGCCAAAAUCCAGCACUCCAAACACGUGGCCGAGACCUUCAGACAAACCGGACUGGCUGCAGCUAUGUUUGAAUGAACGGAUGUGUGAGAGUUAGACGUCGUCUCUAAAGGCUUAUAAACGUCAUGGGUGAAGUGAAGUGCAUUGUCAUGCUUUUGUGGUAAUAAGAAUGUUGUGAAGCGACGCAAAUGCUCAAAGGAACCAGUGUGUAUACAAGCUUUAGCUCAGUGAAGAGUGAAAUAAGAUUUCCUUCAAGUCAGCGAUGUGUGUUGAAUGGAACAGAAAGAUGCCUGUAAUAUUAAAGUGGCUAAACUGUGAGCUAAAACUUUUAAGAAACGUCUGUAUAGUACCGAAUAGCAUAUUUUCUCAAACUGAACUUCUAAACCACCAUGCUGUUGGUUGCACUGAUGCUUACAAUUUCAUAAUUUGAGGUUUUAUCAGCUGAGGUUAGGAGAAACUUUUCAGACCUUCACCAUAUAAAACACUGCUUCUGCUUUCGAACAGGAUAGCUCAGGCAAAAAAAAAAAAAAAAAAUCACACGAAUCAGAUCAUUAAAUCAAAAA